AACCCUGUUGAUCACCAAGUGACUCUGACGACUGACUUUCCUCUUGGAAAAUCAAGACACACUUACGUUCACUAUAACGAAGCCUUAAAAACUGCUGAAGUUCCCGAAUGGCCAAGAAAACUCUGUUGCUGCUCGCCCUGGUUCUGAUGAACAACGUGAUGUUGUUUGCGCAAAGUAAAAAUUUGCCUUUGGUCAAGAAAUCGUUUCGACGCCGCCAUGUAACAUAUCUGCCAUGCCCUAAUGACUGGGUCAGCUAUAAAGGAUCUCCAUCCUGUUACAAAGUGCCUCGUCGSCUAACCAACAGUUGGUUUGAUGCGCGAAAAAGCUGUAUAGCAAUGGGAAGUGACCUUGUUAAGAUUUCAUCAGAUCAAGAGAACGACUUUGUGGCUUUGCUUGCGCACUCAUAUUUCCCAGUGACCACCCACCUGAUCUACCAAGCAGCAUGGAUUGGUUUAAUUUCAGACACAAAACGGAUAUUCAGCUGGGUUGACGCAACAAAGCUGGCUGGUCAAUUCACGAACUGGCACAAGGGCGAGCCCAACAACGCCGUCAAAAAUGAAGAUUGCGCUGUGAUUUAUAUAGAUAGCAGGAAAACAUGGAAUGAUGUUCCGUGUAAAUGGGUUAAAAUACCUUAUAUUUGUGAAAAAGAAAGGGCAUAACGUUUUAUCAGACUCUACUUAAUCUGUCCUUGCUAAACAAGAGGUCAUAAAGAAAAGAUUGAUUUUGUUAUGGACAAAGAUUUAUUAAAAGCAGAAAARUAAAAGUAUAUUUGGUUAAUUAUUUUAAGUAAACACUCAAACUCAA